CACCUUUCUUCGCCAGGAAGGAGGAAGACACACAGCGGCAGCUCUCCCUACAUUUGUGUCGGUGUGCUCUAAGUGUGAACUGCUCCUCUCCUCUCCUGUGUGUCAGUCUGUCUGUCUGUCAGUUCAUCCAUGCCCGCCCUGUAAACCUGCUCUGUCCGGGAUAUUCUGCUGUUUCACCGGAUCUCAGCGCUGUGGAAUGAGUUUUAUCACCGGCUGGAGGCGAAGCGUGAAGAAAAAUGACAGCAAAAAGGAUGCCAAAGAGGCACAAGACAUCCCUGACAGCCCGGACUCUCCAGGCCGGUUGGCAGUCAUAAACAGUCGAGACCUGGAUCCCAUCAUCACAGACUUCAGGUUACAGCUACCGGACAACAAAGAUGCUCUGGAAUCUACAAAUCCAUCUAAUGGGUGCUCGCGGUCAGACCUGUCUCUGGCGCUGGAGGACUGUAUGGCCGCCCUGGAUCUGUUUCUCAGAAAUGACUUUGAGGAGGCGCAGGCCCGGCUCAGAUGCAGAACCAAAGACAGCAUGUACCACGCUCUGACCUAUGCCACUAUCUUGGAGAUGCAGGCGAUGAUGACCUUUGACCCCCAACACAUCCUGGCUGCAGGAAACACCAUGAAGGAGGCCCAGGCUAUUUGUCAGCGGCACCGCAAGAAGUCAAGCUUCUCCAAAAGCUUCACAGAAGAGGAACUACAUGCUGAAGUUUGCUACGCCGAGUGUCUCCUGCAGAGGGCAGCGCUCACCUUUCUGCAGGAUGAAAACAUGAUCAGUUUCAUUAAAGGGGGAAUCAAAGUGAGGAACAGCUACCAGACAUACAAGGAGCUCCACACAGUCCUCCAGUCUGCUGGAUACAGUCAUGGUGAUAACCAUGGCCAUUUUGAGGGUGGUGUUAAAUUGGGAGUAGGAGCUUUUAAUCUAAUGAUUUCCAUGUUGCCCACACGGACGCUCAAGCUGCUUGAGUUUGUCGGCUUCUCCGGUAAUAAGGAGUUUGGUCUCCAGCAGCUUCAGGAGGGCUCUGCAGAAAGCACAUUUAGGUCCUUCCUCUGUAACAUGCUCCUGCUCUGUUAUCAUACCUUCAUGAGCUUCAUACUCGGCACUGGAGAAGGAGAUGUUGAAGAUGCAGAGAAACUGCUGCAGCCAUAUCUCAAAAAAUAUCCGAAGGGAUCCAUUUUCUUGUUCUUUGCUGGUCGAAUAGAAGAGAUCAAAGGCAACCUGGAUGCUGCCAUCAAGCGUUUCGAGGAGUGCUGCGAGGCUCAGCAGCAGUGGAAGCAGUUUCAUCACAUGUGCUACUGGGAGCUCAUGUGGUGUUUCACAUACAAGAGGCACUGGAAGAUGGCUUACUUCUACGCAGACCUGCUCAGCAAGGAGAACUCAUGGUCCAAGGCUACCUAUGCGUAUAUGAAAGCAGCCUACCUCAGCAUGCUGACGAAGGAUGAUUGUCUAACCUUCGGGGAGUCUGCGCUCACUCUGUUCAGGCAGGUUCCAGCGCUGAAGCAGAAAAUCGCUGGCAAGUCUUUACCAACAGAGAAGUUCGCUAUCAGAAAAGCCCGUCGCUACCUUGCAGAAAACCCCAUUCCACUUCCUGCUCCUCCACUGGAGAUGAUGUACAUAUGGAAUGGCUAUACAGUCAUUGGCAAACACAAAGACCUGACGGAGGGCAUGCUGAAAACACUGGAUGAGGCACAGGCUAAACUUGAUAGCAGCCCAAGGACUGAGUUCUCCAUAGAUGAUCAGUGUCUGCUGAGCUUGCUGAAGGGACUGUGUCUCAAACACCUGGGGCAUCAAGAGGAGGCCGAACACUACUUUACCCUAGUCCUCUGCAAUGAGACUCAAAUCAAGUAUGACCACUACCUGGUUCCUAAUGCACUGCUGGAGCAUGGUCUGCUGUGUUUGGAGCAAGGCAGAAAAGAUGAAGCUAUCAAACUCCUAGAAGCAGCAAAGCAAAAUUACAAAAACUACUCAAUGGAGUCACGGACACACUUCCGCAUUCAGGCUGCUCUGCAUAAGGCCAAGGGCACCGGGGAGAACGGCGUUCAUGUUCCCUCCAGCCCAUAACUGACAGAGGAGGGCACACUAGAGCAGAGACAGCUUUCUGUUUCUGCAAUCCCACAAUGCAACACUCAGCCCCGCCCCGCCCAGCCCCGCCCAUUCAGGCGGGCAUUUUGUUUUUUGCAUAAGGAUAGGGGAAGAGGGAUGCUUAUUGUUCUUGUGUGUGCCAUCCUUACGGGCAACUGCAGCUCUUUGUGGCCAUGACUGGCUGCUGGUUUGCUACACCCUCUUCCAGAAAUAUAUUAUGAUGAAAUUAAUUUUCUUGUGUAAUAUGAAAUAGAGAAAGUUGAGAAAUGUGCCUAUACUUAAGAAACAUUGCUUCUAGCAGGCUUAUUUGUCUACCACCAUGGCCACCCAUAAGGGGUGCACUAGGGUGAAAGACAAGGUCACAUUUGUAUAGUACAUACCACAGAGGGCCUCCACUGCUACCCCAGGAUAAAAAUGUGCCCGGUUCAGGGUACUGGGGUUGGACCUGAUGAAACCAGAGUACCAAACAGCCCACAAGAAAUUACUGACACUAACUCCAACAUUUGGUGUUGGUCGCUACAAAGCACUCCCACUUCUUUUAAUCUAAUGUGAAUUACUGAUUAUUGAUACACAUCAUUAUGUGUUGACAUAGUUCGACACCUGUUAUACUCAUCACAUAUUCCAUGAGAACUAUGAGACUGUUUUGUACUGUGUCAUUUGAUACAUUUUUGUUGACAGGUUUCCCUUUGUUCAGAUGUUUGAUCACCAAUAUGACCAAAUUAGAUGUAAAUUCUGAAUGUUGGAUUCACUUUUUUAACUCUACAUAAUCUUUGGUUCGUUGUGUUUCUCAGAUUGAAUGAACUUUUUAUUGUUUACUUUAAGUUUUCUUCCUUUCCUUGAAACCUAUUGAAACACUUUCUUUCAGUCUCCUUCUGAAGAAUUGAUCAAAUCCGCUGUAUUUAAAGUUACAUGUAAUGGCUCUUUGCACAACGCUUUGUAAAUCAGCCAGCCAUGCAAACUCUCCAUUGUCAAAAAAUGCCUAUCAGACUUGCAGUGAGAGUUGUUGGUUACAUUUAUAUACUGUAAAUGGCACCUUUUACACAAAUUGUCCCGUUUUAAGAGGACAGAUGAAUGUGUCUUUUAGAAAGGCAGACUCCCUCCUUUUCUCCUCCUGGUGUGUGGGACAGGCUCCAACAGUACUUGAGCUUGAACAAACAGGCCAUUCACGGCGAGCAGCGAAGGACUGCGUGCUUGUCUGCCUGUUGCAUCUUUAGUGGGUGAAGAAGCUGUGAAUGGCAACCACCACAGUCUUCCUGCUUUGUGAACAUCCUCUGCUGCUCAUGUAUCAGCCAUGCUUGACUAGAACCACCUAUAGAAAUACUUCAAAAUAUCAUAACCACGAUUCUGUAACAAAUGAUUAUCUGUAUAUGAACAAAUACUUGUAAUGAUUGAAAUGAUAAGACAGAAAGUGGUCACCUCUAAUUGUGCUGGUGGUGAGGUUCUUUGAAUGGCUGUGUCCCAGCAACAGUGUCCACAACCUAGAAACUCAGAUGGUGUUUCAAGUGUUGAAAUUAGAGCAUUGCUGAUUUAUUCAUGAUUAGAGUGAGGUUUGGGAUUCAAGACGAUAACUAAGAGUCAGUUUCAAUUUUUUAAUGGUGGAGGAAAUGUAUUCUUAAUACUGUUUUAACAGCAGUUGAUCUCUGUAAUAUUCAAAUAACAAAUCGUCAUUUUCUAAUAAUUAAUCAAGCUUGUUUUUUUUUCCCUUUGGUUUUACUGAUGUAGCUGAAAGAAACUCUAACCAAAUUUAGUGGCAUUGUGAUGUUGACAAUCAGCAUAUUAUACUGGGCACGGCUACCACAGAGCAGAAUGACAUUCCUGUACAUACUGAAUGUUUCUAUUGUAAUUUAAGAUGAAAUGAUGAUAAGCAACUAAAAAAACAC